UUUUUUUUUUUCUUUCUUUCAUUGAUUUUGAUUACUGCCAGUUUUCUCCUACGCAAACACGUCCACGGCGCAAAAACAAGGAGCAUACCGUUCGUCAUCCUGUAAACAUCAAUUAUUAUAUCAUCAUCAACCUAAAAGGCCCUGAUUUAUCUCUUUCCCUCCCCUCCCUUCUCUCCUCUUCCAACAUUCAAUCCACUACCCCCAGACGCCUCUCCAUCUCACUCCAGAGACUUCGGAGUAUGAGUGAACAAUACAGCUACUCUCAUAUCAAAGACGACGAUCAACCAAUAAAGCCACCGAAAAUGCUUCACCAAAGCAUUCACUCUGCCAGUAGCAAUAGCAAUAUUAACAGAAAUAGCAAUAAUGGCAGUGUUGUAGAUGACUCAGGUGCUGCUUCAGGACCUGCAGUUAUCAUCUCAGACCUGCCAGCGUACGGCACCGCUUCUGGGAGCAAUGGCUUGCCACUCACAAACGAAUCACCUACUGAACUGCGUCCAGAGGAUAGUAGUAGAGAUAGAAAUCAAACAGCCAAGGUAUCACCCUCAUCGCCCACAGGCACGGAUGUCACUCGAACUACUUCGUUUCCUGACAGCCUCAGUCGCUUCAGGAGAGCAACACAGCAGAUUGUACACGCUCGUCGCGUCGCUUCACGUGCGACGAGAGGUCAAGGUGUUGAUGUUUCGGACAUGGAUAGCAUAUUCAACUGUAUUGAGUGUGUGGUUGAUGUCACUGUUAUGGAUUUGAACCAAUCUCAGUAUACGAAGCGUGAAAGCAUGAACAAUGAAGAGUUUUUAGAAUGGCUACGACAACCAAGGCCAGCAUGGUCAAAAGUUCGAUGGAUCAAUAUUAAUGGAAUGAGUUGGGAUGUCAUCAAAGCCAUCUCAAUAAAAUACAAUCUUCAUCAUUUGGCUGUAGAAGACCUAUUACAUGUUCCACAACGAACCAAAGUUGAUAUCUAUCCUCAGCAAACAUAUAUCGCCUGUACUCUUUUGACGUUGAUGCAGGAACUUGAAAAUGGAGAACUCCGACAGGUUGAUCCGACAUCAGUACAACAUGGGGUAGAUCCUGAUAUUUUAGGUCAACGCAUGCCACUGGAUAAGUUGGACCAUUACCGUCAUCAGUAUCCGUUCGACCAAGUUACUGGAGCUCACAGAGUUCAGAUGGAGCAAGUCACAAUGUUUUUAUUGCAGGACGGUACUCUGAUCACGCUUUUCCAAGUCUCUGGCAGAUCUGUGGUGGCGCCAAUUUUCGAACGACUGACCCAUGACUAUUCGAUCGUACGCAAAAAUAAUGAUGCAAGUUUCCUAUUGCAGUCAGUCAUGGACGGGAUUGUUGAUCAUGCUAUACCCAUCACAGAUGCAUUUCGACAAGAGAUCAACGAGUUGGAAACACAUGUAUUAGCGUUACCAAGGAUGAAGUUUACGAAAGAACUACACCAGAUGACUGCACAACUUUCGUUGCUCAAGCGUACAUUAGCACCCACUCAGACACUUGUCCACGCUUUGCGUGGCAAGGAUGAGAGAAGCCCAUUAUCAAGUCUAUCGAGGACGUAUAUGGGAGAUGUAAUGGAUCACUGUAACACCAUGGUCGAGGAUAUUGAUUCUAUGCUUGCGCUUUGCGAGAAAUUAAUCGACAUGAUCUUUAACAUUAUCGCAUAUGAUACAAACGAAUCCAUGCGACGUUUGGCAUUGGUGUCGAUUAUCUUCUUACCCAUCACAUUUGUGGCAGGAGUCUACGGCACAAACUUUGAAAACUUCCCUGAACUAAAAAAUCACGUUUCAUAUUUCUGGACUAUCUGCGCCGUUGUCACAGCUUUUGUACUGUUAUUAUUUGGAGCGGAAUAUCUCAUGGGGCAGUAUCGGGCAUCCCAGGUGGAGAGGCGACUUUCUCGACGAGAGCCUAUCAGUAUUGGUUCUAAUCAUUCUCGCAAGAGUCAUGAAUGGUGCAUGUAACUUUGCUCAAGAAGAAAAGGACAGCAUGCUGCGUGAAAUCCUUCAAUAAAGUUAGACCUCAUGUGAUAUAGCUCGCCGCAUAAAAAGCACGCUUUCUUUUUUUUCC